AUGGCACGUUUCCUCUCAUUCACCAAGGAGGUGGCCGACAAGCAUUUUGCUAUCGAGCUCGGGUGUGGCUUUGGUGCUCCGUCAAUGGCGAUAGAGGACACGGUGGAAAGAGUGAUAGCGACAGACCUGCCGGAAGCUGUGGGAUCGUGUCAAGCUAGGGAGUGGCAUGCGCUCGACUGGGCCUCACCGGAUCUCAGUUGGGUAGAAGACGACUCGAUUGACCUCGUCAUUGCAAGUGAUGUUGUUUAUAAUGUCGAUGGUGUGCAGUUGUUCCUCGACGUACUGAACGCGUUGCGGCCGAAGUUGAAGAUGGACGUUUGCAUGUGA